AUGGCGGGAGUCAAGAGCGCUCUGCCAACGCACCUCAUGCCAAACCCCGAGGGCGACUUUGAGCAGCGUCACCAUGGCAAGACUCGCAGUCACAUGGCAAGUAGCCCCUCGUUUUCCUUUCCUUCGUUCUACGGCCUGUUGCUCGUCACCGUCGUGGCAUUAGCAUUGGCCUUGACUUUCACCGCAAUGCGAGCCCUUGCGACGAGGGAAGAGAGACAGCUUGCUACCGCUUUGGCGUGA